AUGGGAAUUCUGACAACUUUGAUCACUAACGACUCCACCAUUAGACCAGUGGGAUUUUACGUAGUCGGAUUUUCGUAUUUAAAGUUUACUGAUUUAUAUUUCAUUUUCCUCGCAGUCGUUUAUAUUGUUACGAUUUUGUCGAACUCUUUUAUUCUUUCUAUUAUCUGGAUAGAACAGCGCCUACACACUCCAAAGUACAUUGCCGUGGCUAAUCUGGCGAUCGUCGAUUUAGUGCUCAGUACAACCCUUAUUCCUGCUAUGAUCAAGGCAUUUCUCGCUAAAGAUAACUUCAUUUCCUACAACGCAUGUUUGACUCAGAUGUUUUUUUAUUACUGUUUUGCCUCACUCGAGUCAUUUUCUCUGACUGUACUUGCCUAUGACAGGCUAAUUGCGAUAUGUUUCCCACUGAGACAUAGCUCGAUCAACACAAUCACAGUCAUGUUCAGUAUUUUAGUAUCUGUUUGGGCAUUUUGUGUAAGUGUUAUUGUGUUCGCGGUCAUAAUCAUGACCAGGCUGUCUUUCUGUAAUUCGGUCAAUGUGCAGAGCUACUUUUGUGACUACACUCCUGUGUACAGAAUAGCUUGCAAUGAUAGCAGAUUGCAAUGGGCCACUGCCUCUACUCUCGGUAUACUCAUUGUGUUUGGGCCCCUUAGUUUAACCGGCAUGUCAUAUGUCUGUAUUUUGACAGCCGUCUUUAGAAUGAAGAAUGUGGACAGCAGGUACAAAGCACUCGCAACUUGCACAGAACAUCUCGUUCUAGUGGCGAUCUUCUAUGUGCCACUCAUGACGGUCUUCAUCAUUGAAUUUUUCUUAUUCCGCCUCAGUCCGGACAUCAGAAUGGUGAACUUGUCAUUAGCUUCAUGCAUCCCACCCUGUCUGAACCCCAUUGUGUAUUCCCUGGCAACCAAAGAAAUGAGAAACAGAAUACUGGCUAUGCUCAAGAAAGUGAAAGUAGCGGCGUGGGCAGGGCAGGCAUAG